CAAAGCAAAACGGCAUCUGAAAUGCGCUGGCAUUUUGUGGAUUUGUGAAUUAUUUGUUGAUGUGAAAAGUUUAUAAAUAAAAGCAGUUCAUCAUGCCACCCAAACUGGAGCCGAUUAGUGUGCGCACGGCGCGCCUGAACAACCUGAUUCUCGGGAAAGGAGCUGGCGUCGUCUGUGCCAAGCCCGCUGGAAAUGCCGCCGGAUCGGGAGCUUCUGCCUCCGCCAGGAGGAGCAUCAUUCCCGUGCCCACCACCAGCGCCGCCGUGGCCGAGGCCAUCUGCCGCGAGGGACUCCUGGACGCCUUCUGCCUGCUGUACAACGAGUGCGACAAGGACACUCUGAAGAAGCGCGAUCGCAACAUCGCGGAGUUUGUCAACAAAUUUCGUCCCAUUGUCGAGGAGACCCGCAAACUCCGUGUGAAUGCAGAUGACUUUCUCAUCAAGACGCUUAUUGGGCAGGGAUACUUUGGCAACGUUCAUCUCGUGGUCGAGCGCCAAACUAAUGAUAUAUACGCCAUGAAAAAGAUAAAAAAAUCUGUGGUGACCACCUCGCAAGUCAAGGAGGAGCGAGAUAUCAUGUCCACCCGCCAUUCCGAGUGGCUAAUCAAUCUACAGUACGCAUUUCAGGACAACGACAACCUGUAUUUGAUAAUGGAGUACAUGCCUGGAGGAGAUCUGCUCAGCUUAAUGUCUCGCCACGGUCCCUUCGAUGAGGAUUUGGCUCGAUUCUACCUGGCCGAGCUCACAGUGGCCCUGCACACUUUGCACGAGAUGGGCUAUGUGCAUCGGGAUAUUAAGCCUGAGAAUAUACUGAUUGAUCGCUUCGGGCACAUCAAACUGGCGGAUUUCGGUAACGCCGCUGCCCUGGACAGGGAUGGCCAUGUUCUGAGCCUGUCUCCCGUGGGAACACCUGAUUACAUAGCUCCCGAACUACUGCAGACGAUAUCCACCUACAAGUUGUCCAAAUCGAUGCACGAUGUGAGUAGAACUGUCAGCUGCGAUUAUUGGUCCAUGGGUAUUAUUGGCUACGAGCUAAUUUGCGAGACAACGCCAUUCCACGAGGAUAACGUACACGAGACCUACUCUAAAAUUCUCUCUCACUGCGAGGAGAGUCACCUUAAGGAGCUGAUCAGCUUUCCCACCGACUUGAAGGUGUCCAUUAACUACAGGAACCUGAUUGAGUCACUGGUCACAAACCCCUCAAGGCGAUUGUCCUACGAGCGUAUUAAGAAACACCCCUUCUUCGACGAUGUUCCGUGGAGUUCCAUUCGCUCUCAAGUGCCUCCCAUAAUACCGACUGUUAGGUCUGACGACGAUACCUCCAAUUUUGAUGACGGAACUCGGCUAAGGACUCGCAGAGAGCAGGGAGUGGCUAAAAAGUCUCUCACAACCAACAUGAAAUCCAAUGAUUUUAGUGGCAAGGAUCUGCCGUUUAUAGGAUAUAGUUUUGUGCACAUGGAGAAGUCAGCUAUUUCAGCUACUACCGAUGAAAAGCUGCAGGAGAAACUUAAAGAUCUGCUCCAUAAAUUGAAAACUAGAGAAAACGAGAUUUCCAUGCUUAAACAGGAACUUUUGCGGGCACAGCAAUCUCUUCAAAAGACCGAUAGUAAAUCACAAGUGGUAGCCGAUGCCAAAAUGGAAAUUAAGAAGCUGCAGCAAAUUAUUAAAGAGAAAACAAUGGAGCUGAGCACCUGCAAGACACAGAUCAAGACACUUCAGAGUUCGGCUAAAAUAGACGAGGAAAUGUGGUCCAAAAAGGAGGCUACUAUAACCGAUCUACUUCGUUUAAAUCGGCAGAAGUACGAGGAAGCCAAGAUCGCCUCGGAACAACGAUAUGAGAAACAAUUGGCCGACAAAAAGCAAGAGCUGGCAUCCACGCUUCAGAAGUUGGAUGCCCGUGAGCUGGAGUUCAAUGCCAAAUUUGAGGAGUGCAAGCAUAUUUCCAUGAAAUUGCAGAACUACAAGGACAUGCUGCAGCAGCUGAAGGAGCAGAAUCUUAAAGCCGAGACCAAUAACGAGGAGCAGAAGCGCCAAAUGGCCGAAUCAUAUGAGCAAAAGCUGGCGGAGCUCCGGAAGAAAGUUCGUGACUCGCAGGAUACACAUCGUCGCAUGACAAUGGAGAUAAAGGAAAUACGUACCGAACUGGACGAGUCCAUCUGCUCCACCAAGUCAACACAGGAAGCGAAGAACGCCACCGAGCGAAACAUUGAGGAAAUAUUGAGGCGACUGAACCAAGAGAUCGCCUCGAAUAAUGAACUUCAUGCGGAGAAAGUGAAACUGGAGACAAAGCUGCAGCUAAAGGAAAACGAAUCUCAAGAAGUGAAAGAAGAAUGCCGUCGACUUGAGAGGGAACUGCAGCUUGCCGAAUGCCGCUGCCAGCUGGCUGAAUCCUCGCUAGCAUCGCAAAAUUCUCCAUUCGAAACUGCACCUGGUUCUCUGACCGAGCUGGACGCCAUCGAGGAUCAACUGCGUGCCGACUUGAUAGCCGCCAAAGAGGGUGAAACCCACCAAAAAGGACGCGCCGAUCAGCUUCAGACACUGGUCACUAAACUGGAGCAAAUGCUGGAGCGAUUCAACGAGCAGAGCCUCUCACCCACGAAAUCCCACUCAUCCCGUAAGCAGGAAAACGAAACCGUGGGUGAUAUGCUCGAGCGACAGAACGAGAAACUGGAAGACAAAUUGGCAGCAGUUCGCGAACAGAUGAUUGUGGAACGUCAGGCGGCGCGCACGGCAAAUCUCUCGCUCUGGAAAGUGGAGAAGCAGCUCGAGGAAGCUUUGUCCGAGAAAAAAUUACUGGCUCGUCGCAUGGAACUCACUGAGGAUCGCAUCAAGAAGGCACAAAACGCCAACGAGGAAUCACAGAGAAUGCUAAAGUCUUCUCAAGAGGAAACUCGCCAGCGGGAAUCUCGUAUUGAAGAGCUGAAACAGGAACUGGCGGCUGCCAAAAGGGAUGUCCUUAAGGAACACCGUCAAUGGGAAAAGGCCGAGCAGGAACGCAUGAAGUGCAAGUCGGAGAUAAUCGAGCACUUGGCUAAUGUGCACAAAUUAGAACAGCAGGAGAGUGAGCUGCGUCAGAAGCUGAGGCAAAUACAAACACGUUUUGAUGGAAUCAAUUUGGAGCACAAGAACACCAUGCGGGAACUGCAGGAGGAGCGCGAAAAAAGUAGGAAAGCCAAUGAUUCCAGCCUGGCUUUGCAGAAGGAACUUAAGCAGCUUACGGAGAACUUCCAGAGGUUGAAGUACGCUUGCAGCAUCACCGACGGCCAACUAACCGAGGUGGAAACUAUGCUGAAAUCCGAACAGGACCGGAAUAAAUCCCAAAAAUCGCAACUAGACACGCUACAUGGGAAAUUAAGGGAGCGAAACGAUCAGUUGGCUGAACUGAGAAAGGAACUCUCUGCAAUUGAAUCCGAAAAGCGUCUAGCGGAGCAGCGCGCCCAAGUGCUAGCAUCGGAAAUCGAGGAACUUCGCCUGAACCUCAAGGAGCAGCAGAAGAAGCUGGUAGCGCAACAGGAUCAGCUGGUGGAGCAGACAAACGUGCUGUUUGCCACCCAAGAGCGAGCGUAUCUUCUGGACGGUCAAAACGCCAAUUACGAAGCCCAAACUGCGGAUACUGAUCGGGAAAUGGUUAGCCUGAAGGAGGAAAAUGCACGUAUUCUUAGCGAGCUUUUCCACAAAAAAGAGGAAGUGGGCAAUCUUCAGGCGAUUAUAAGGGAUUUGGAGUCUGCUCAAGCUGAAUUGCACGCGGAGAUCGAUUCCAUUCAGGACACUUUGGCCGAGAAGGAACAGUUCUAUGUGCAGCGGGACAUCAAGUCGAAUGCAACUCUUGCCCAGCACAAAAAACUUAUUGACUACCUUCAGCUAAAAGUGGAGGACCUGUCCUCCAAAAAGAAGAAAACCCUGGCUGACAAGAUCUUCGGUACCAACCACAACAACAAGGAGAACAUCUCAUCCAAUGAUGUGGAGUCUUCUAUUCUCUAUCGCGCUCUAAAGGAGGAGCUAAAGCGAGAACAAAAGUUGAACAGUAUGCUAAAGGAGCAGCUGGCACAGUUGAAUGGAACUGCAACCUUGCGUUCUCCUCGUAAAUCGGCUGCUGUAAACGGUGACAGCGAUGCACCCAAGCAGAGACCAGUUAGCAUCGCCGCCUUGCCGCGUUCCCCACAGAAACAGUCGUCUUUGAAGCGCACUACGAGCCAAGUUGAGUUGAAGACGACGGAAAAAACGACCAAGGCUGCCAGUGAAGACCAGGCCCAUCACCGCUUCGAACUGGCCCUGCAAGAGUCCAAGGUAGAUGCAGUCGAUUGCGUAGUUUGUGGCAAAGCCAUUGUUGCCGGUUCGCCCUUCUGGAAAUGCAAGGAGUGCAAAGAUGUGACGCACCGCAAGUGUCGAUCGAAUGCCCAGGGAAAUUGCGGAACAAAGCCGACAGCUCCACCAGCUGACGAUCUUAGCAGUAUUUCAUCUGUCUCGAGCUUGAAUCUAAACACCGGAGAUGUUACUACAGCAACCAGCGGCGAGUACAUAGGAUCGCUGGUCUACAGUUCCGACGGUCCAGAGGAUCAGGCUGCUAAGAAGGAGAUUGAAGUUAACUGCGCCUUCGAGGUGGCUGAGCAGCAAAUCCUCCUCUUGGGCUGCAACACUGGCUUGUAUGCCUAUCACUUGGACGCCAAGCGACUAGUGCAUAUUUCUGGCCUCGAGUCCGUCAGCUGCAUGUCCAUCUGCAAGCGUCUGGCGAAGGCCAUUAUGGUGGGCACGGUAGGCGAGAAGCUCUACCAGUGCGACUACAGACAACUGGAAUCGCGCUGCCAGAGCUCCAGUGCCUGUCACAAGCCUGUGUUGGAGACAUCUGCCAUUGAGCUGCCCUUUGCCAAUCGCACUCCAUCGGAAAAAUGGAAACUGGUGCUGAUUUCCGAUGAGGCGGAGAACGCUUUGGAUUCGGUUGCCAUUGCGGCCACUUCGACCAGGAUUGUCAUCUUAAAGUACGACCUUAAGUUGCACAUGUUCAAGCCAGUUCGAGCCUUGGACACAGCCACUCCAGUCACUUCUAUAUUUUUCACGCGUCAUUCAGCUAUUGUUAGUUCAGAUAAGUUUUACGAGAUCGAUUUGGACAAUUACGCUGCUGAGGAGUUUGUGGAUCUGUCUGAUAAGUCGAUGGAGAACACUGCCAAGUGUCAGCCCGUUACUGCUGUGCGUAUUUCUCGGCAGGAAUACCUACUCUGCUUUGCCGAAUGUGGUGUCUUUGUGGAUGAGUUCGGCUGCAGAUCAAGGCCCUACGAUUUGAACUGGGUUUAUGCACCCACUGGUUUUGUUUACCGCGAACCCUUCUUGUUUAUAGCCCACUACCAAAGCGUCCAGAUUGUCCGUUUGCACCGGUCCUUCAGUAAGGAACUGGCCAACGAGGACAAUUCCUCGGAGACUUCUGAGUCGCCGGAGCUGCAGCGCGUCUACUUGCCCCACUACAUGUCCACUCUGCUGGCUAACAGUGGAGAUGUCAAUCUGUAUGCCGUGGCGAUUGAUCAGAGACCAUGCAAUGGGACACAGAAGAUCUAUCUUUUGGAUACUAUGCAGGCGUUUAAGAAGAAGUUUAAUAUUUCCAUGGAGACCAUUUCUUCGGUGGCCACUUCGGUGACAUUGGGUUCAACGAUGACCGGUAAUAGUUUGUAGAUUAUUAGCUGAUCUUCUCAAGGUAUAACAAAAAAAUUGUAUUACUACAAUCUCAGUAGUACUUAAUGGUUAAGCUAAGAUAUUUUAUAUUGUAACUCGUUUUUUGACCGUCUACGAAAUCAGUUGAUAAAUUGUAAGAAACAUGAUUUUAAUAUUAUUUAAAUACUUUGUGUGCUGUACUCACAAAUAAAACUUUAUGACUAUAUUGAUACUUUCAAAUGCAACAUACGGAAAAUAUGUAAUUACUUUAAAAUAUGUAUUAAAAUGUUAAAUUAUAACACCAUUU